AUGACCUGGCCGGCGCUGUGUGACGCAGAGGCGUGGCUCAAGUUCGCAGACACGAUGGGCGCUCUGCUUUGGGAGCCGCCUCCCAAUAGCCAACAGUCUUGCAGGGCUGUGACGGCAGAUGGAGUGAGGGGAGUGCGGGCGAAUGAGACCUCGGAAAGUCCGGUCCAUAAUCCGACGGAAGCCAAGGACACAUUAGAUCCUGACAGGCAGACAGGCAAGCACUCGCCCAUUCUCGUCGUCAAAUUCGUUUUGACGGUUCUCCUCUAG